AUGCCGCAGAAGGUUUAUGUCACGUACAACCAGGUUCACAAACUAUGCCAGGCCUCCGCUGACAAGAUCCUGGACACCUUCCAGCCCAAUCUUAUGAUUGCUAUCGGCGGUGGUGGCUACAUCCCUGCCCGCAUUCUCCGCUCUUUCCUGAAGCGCCCCGGCGAGCCUAACAUUCCCAUUCAGGCCAUCGGUCUUUCGCUUUACGAGGACCUGGGCCGCGGUGACGCCGAAGAAGUCCCCGGAACCAAGGUUACCCGCACACAAUGGCUGGACCUUAGCUCUCUGGAAAUGGCCAACCUCAUUGGCAAGAACAUUCUCAUUGUUGACGAAGUCGACGAUACCCGUACGACCCUCGAAUAUGCCGUCCGCGAGCUCCAGAAGGAUGUCGAGAUUGCGCAGAAGCAGCUCGGCCGUGAAGGCGAGAAGACAAACUUCUUCGUCUACGUUGUUCACAAUAAGGACAAGCCGAAGAAGGGUGUCUUGCCGGAGGAUAUGAUGACCUCUGGCCGUUACCACGCAUCCGUGACCACCGCUGAUGUUUGGAUCUGCUAUCCUUGGGAAGCUAAGGACAUUGACGAGCACGACAGACUAGCUGAGGAGAACCCUCUCGUCUGA